AUGGCGAGCGCCACAGCUUCGAAGUUGCUGCUGACGGCAACGGCGGACUUCCUCAGCUCUUCUACCUGCUCCCUGAGACACCGCCGCGCUCUGACGGUCUCCGCAUCGCGCUACCCCCGCAUCGCCCCCUUCCCGCAGGACCUCGUCGGCUGGGUGAAGCGGGAGGGGGGAUUCGUCCACCCGAAGCUCAAGAUCGCCGAUGGCGGCGAGUAUGGACUCACUCUGGUCGCGUCGGAGGACAUCCCGAGGGGCUCGCGGCUCGUCGCCCUCCCUGAACGUCUGACUCUGCGCCUUCGGUGGUCCCAAGAUGACGACUGCGCCGACCGGCCCGAUUCCCCGCUCUCCCAGUUAGUUAAACGUGUUCCAGGUGAUUUUCUCUCGCUCAUUGUUUGUUUUCAUCGAUGCCUGAUGAUGAGUGGAUUCAGGUUGAAAGUUCAGUCAUGGACCACAGUCUUGUGAUGAUAAGUCCCAUGAGGAUUUGUAGAUAUAUUGAUGGAUUUUUUUUCAUAUUGGAUAUCGACAUCAUUACGGAAGGACAUGGUGACCAUUGUGAGAGUGUAAGGGAGAGAAAACUAGAGAGGAAGAGAGGGAAUGCAAAGUGAAAAUGGCAUAUAAUCUGCUUUAUAUUAUGUAAUUUGGCUUCAGGACGUUUUUUUUUUCUAAUUUAUCUGUCUCAAACAUACGCCGUGUUUGUCUGAUAAUGCCUUAUCUUCCCCCAACCCCCCGGGCCAAAGAAGUGAAGCAUGCGCCAAAAUGUGGCGGAUGUCAGCGGUUCGAGUCCGCUUAUCUCCAGCCCGUGUUUGGCGACUUUCACUUUCACUUUCACCCAUGAGUCAGGUUUAGUCAAUAAUAUUUUCAUUCAUGAGUCAUGCUUAGUCAAUAAUAAAAUCAGUUUUCCAUUUCUUAUUUCGUGUGAAGCUGCAAAUCUGUGAACCUUGGGGAUUUAUUGGUUCGUAUGGGAGGUGUAGGAUUGCAUAUUUAAAAAAAUUAAAUCUUUUCAAUAUCGAGAUUUUCUUUGGUUGGAAUUUCUUUUUGAUAUGUCAAAUAUAAAUAAAUGAGAUCUGACUCUUUGUUUUGACCUCCACUACGAGUUGAUUUGAGUUUGUCAAUUAAUCUUUGGAAGGGAUUAUUAAUGUCAAAAAUGCAAAGGAUGAUACAAAUAUGUAGCUUUAUAGUGCCCUUUCAAAUUCUUAUUUUCAUGUUAAAUCUCAUUUCCCAGAAGUUCAUCCAAUCCGGAAGCAUGAGAUAUUAUUUGAACAUCAUUCAUCUAGUGUACCUUCACUCUGAUGCAGUAAAGUUUUCUUACGAUAUAAGAGAUGACUUGCAUGCUUGCAUAUUUACUCUAGAUUCCGUUUUACAAUGAGCAAAUAUCUCGGGAGCAUGUGGCAGAGGAACUGUGGGCAAUGAGAUUGGGAUUGAAACUUCUUCAAGAAAGAGCCAAAACUGGUUCUCUUUGGUGGCCAUACAUCAGCAAUUUGCCAGAAGCUUUCGACAUACCCAUUUUCUUUUCUGGCGAAGACAUAAAAAACCUACAGUAUUCUCCUCUUGUUCAUCAGGUAACAGAACUUUGUCUAUAUAACUCCUAACAUCCUUCCAUUUGAUAUGAAGUAUUGUGAAUUUAACCUUGCCUGAUGCUGAGCUUUAAACAUGCAUUCUCUAUUCCUUAUCAGGUAAAUAAACGAUGCCGGUUCCUUCUUGCCUUUGAGAAAGAUGUCAAAUCUGUGCUUGAGGACGUAGACCCUGGGGAUCAUCCAUUUUCUGGCCAAGAUGUGAACGCCUCUUCUCUUGGAUGGGCCAUGUCUGCAGUAUCUUCCCGGGCUUUUCGUUUGCGUUGCAAGACACCUCAGGAUGGCUCUGGUGCUGAUGUCCCUGUGCUGCUUCCUCUCAUUGAUAUGUGCAACCACAGCUUCAAUCCAAAUGCGGUAAUCGUUGAAGAGAAGGACAAUCAAAAGCUUUUAGUUGAGGCAAGUUAAUUUUAUCUGAUCUCUGUUAGUCAUAAAUUUAAGAGAGCAAAAUAUUGAUAGAAUUUUAUUGUGGAUCCGCAAAAUAUUGAUAGAAUUUUAUCUUUGAUUUUACUUCAUUUUUAUAUUUUUAUUUUAGAAAUUUAGUGGCAUCCUUCAGACAAGAGGCUUUUUUUCAUUUACUGCUCUAGAUGUUGAGUUGAUGAACCGAAGUAUGCUUUUCGUUGCCUUUUUUCCCCAUGUAAAUCCUUCUUUAGGAUCCACAGAUUUACAAUAUCUUUGAAUACCUGAUUUCCAAGGAAAAAAAUCCUGAUUUUCCCUUUUCUUGAACAUUUUCCAUCUCGAUCUACAAUUUUUUCUCACAUAAAAAUACGUGUGGACAUAAUUCGAUCAAAAUCUUACCCAAUUAAGUACACCCUACCAAUAAACUGCAAUUAAACGCAGUUAAUAAUUUUAGCCAUUUUUCCUACCUCUAGUUUUCCUUUAUUUUUCUUCACAUCUGACUCAUCUCUACUUCCAUCUGCCUGCGCUCAUUUCGUUCCUCAUCAUCAGCGCCGUCCCUUCUUGGUAUUGGUAGCCGGUCAUGGUGUCAUCGACAUCAAUGGUGACUUUGCGGAUUCAUAGACUCUGAAAAAAUGCACAAUGUAUAUUUGGAAAUGAUACAGAGAUGUGAGCCCAUGAGAUCCAUGUGAUGGAGAACUGACCGGGCUCAUGCCACUAGCCUGCAUUGACCUCUCUCUCUAAGAAAUGUCUGCAUAAAUUUUCUGUUAGUUCAAUCUGUCAAGGGUCCAUUCGACACCAACUGAAGUUCCACUUAACUUCAACAUCCUAUCCUAUGUGUUUUUUUAAUCUUAUAUUGUAUGAUAUUUCCUUGAUUUUAUUAUAUUUAUUCGACUGAGACGAUCCCUUUUUUUUGUUCUGAACUAAUCCAGGUGGUUUCCAAAACAUCAAUUGAGACAGAUGUCCCGGUGACUCUGAACUAUGGGUGUUUGACCAACGACUUUUUUCUUCUCGAUUACGGAUUUGUGAUCUCCUCAAACCCGCACGACCAUGUGGAAUUGAAAUAUGAUGGAGUUCUUCUGGAUGCUGCUGCUAUCGCUGCAGGAGUACCUUCUCCGAGCUUCUCAUCCCCGACCGAAUGGCAGAGAGAGAUUCUAUCACAGCUCAAUCUACAUGGAGAUGGAGCUUUUCUGAAGGUCGCCUUCUCCACUUCACCAACACCUGUGCAUGCUUUCAUCCCAUGCCAAGAAUCUCCCCUACUUCCAUCCUGGGAAAUUCAGGCAUAUGAGCAUUUCUGUUUCUGUCCAUUUGAAAACCGGAUCCUGUCACAGCUGCCCAGCGUCUCCUUAAAUAUGUUACGACCGUUGACUUCUGCCCUUUUGGUACAGGUCAACUUGGGAGGUGAGGAAAAAGUCGACGGGCGUCUGCUGGCCGCCUUCAGGGCUGUCCUCUCAGACGACCGAGAAGCAGCUCAAAAGUCUGAUCUAAGCACCUUGAUGUCAUUGUCAGCUGAGGCUCCCUUGGGAGUCUCAGCUGAGGGUAAGGCCCUCCGUACAGUCAUUGCCCUCUGCGUCAUCUCUCUGCAGCACUUCCCCACCAAGAUCAUGGAGGAUGAAUCAAUUCUGAAAGGCGAUAUAUCGGAGUCAACGAGAUUAGCAGUGGAGUUUAGAUUGCAGAAGAAAUUAAUGAUUGUGGAUUUAAUGCGAGAGCUGACUAGAAGAGUCAAGGUGCUGCCAAAAGAAGCUUUCCUCAAUCGGUAA